AUGCUGCACCGUGCCGCGCUGCGCCGUGCUGCGCUGUGCCAUGCUGCACCGCACCGUGCUGAGCUGUGCCAUGCCACGCCGUGCUGUGCCGUGCUGUGCCACACCGUGCUGAGCUGUGCCGUGCCGCACCGUGCUGCGCCGUGGCACGCUGUGCCGUGCCGCACCGUGCUGAGGUGUGCCGUGUCGCACCAUGCUGCACCGUGCCACAAUGUGCUGUGCCAUGCUGUGCCACACCGUGCCUGGCUGUGCUGUGCUGCACCGUGCCGAGCUGUGCCGUGCCACACCAUGCUGUGCCAUGGCACACUAUGCCCCCUGCCUUGCCGCGCCGCGGCACGGGCCGUGCCUGCUGACGCCCUCUCCCCGCAGGAGCACGGCCUGGAUUUCCAGCGGCUCCUGGACGCCAGCGCCUACAAGGAGAGGUACCGGCAGGACAUGAUCCGCUGGGGCGAGGAGAAGCGCCGCGCCGACCCCGGCUUCUUCUGCAGGACGGCGGUGGAGGGGGCGGUGCAGCCGGUGUGGCGGCUGGGGCACCGCCGGGCGCUCUUCGAGAAGAGGAAGCGUCUCAGCGACUACGCGCUCAUCUUCGGCAUGUUCGGCAUCGUCGUCAUGGUCAUCGAGACCGAGCUCUCCUGGGGGCUCUACUCCAAGGACUCCAUGUUCUCCCUGGCCCUGAAAUGCCUUAUCAGCCUCUCCACCGUCAUCCUGCUGGGCCUCAUCAUCGCCUACCACACGCGGGAGGUGCAGCUCUUUGUGAUUGACAACGGAGCCGACGACUGGCGGAUAGCGAUGACGUACGAGCGCAUCCUCUACAUCAGCCUGGAGAUGCUGGUUUGUGCCAUACACCCCAUCCCCGGGGAGUACAAAUUUUUCUGGACAGCCCGCCUGGCUUUCUCCUACACGCCUUCUCGGGCAGAGGCGGACGUGGACAUCAUCCUGUCCAUCCCCAUGUUCCUGCGCCUCUACCUGAUCGCUCGGGUGAUGCUGCUGCACAGCAAGCUCUUCACCGACGCCUCCUCGCGCAGCAUCGGGGCGCUCAACAAGAUCAACUUCAACACCCGCUUCGUCAUGAAGACUCUCAUGACCAUCUGCCCCGGGACGGUGCUGCUGGUCUUCAGCAUUUCCCUCUGGAUCAUCGCUGCGUGGACGGUCCGGGUGUGCGAGAGGUACCAUGACCAGCAGGACGUAACCAGCAACUUCUUGGGUGCCAUGUGGCUCAUCUCCAUCACCUUCCUCUCCAUCGGCUACGGUGACAUGGUCCCACACACCUACUGCGGGAAGGGUGUCUGCCUGCUCACCGGCAUCAUGGGCGCCGGCUGCACGGCACUGGUGGUGGCCGUGGUGGCCAGGAAGCUGGAGCUCACCAAAGCCGAGAAGCACGUCCACAACUUCAUGAUGGACACGCAGCUGACGAAGCGGAUCAAGAACGCGGCGGCCAACGUCCUGCGGGAAACGUGGCUCAUCUAUAAGCACACCAAGCUGCUGAAGAAGAUCGAUCACGCCAAAGUCAGGAAGCAUCAGAGGAAGUUCCUACAAGCCAUUCACCAGUUGCGGAGCGUAAAGAUGGAGCAGAGGAAGCUGAGCGACCAAGCCAACACCCUGGUCGACCUCUCGAAGAUGCAAAACGUGAUGUACGACCUCAUCACCGAGCUCAACGACCGCAGCGAGGACCUGGAGAAGCAGAUCGGCAGCCUGGAGUCCAAGCUGGAGCAGCUCAGCGCUAGCUUCAACUCCCUGCCCCUGCUGAUGGCCGACAUGCUGCGCCAGCAGCAGCAGCGCCUGCUCGCCGCCGUCCUGGAGGCGCGGGGGGUCGGCGUGCCGGUGGGCACCCCCCAAACUCCUCUCUCCGAGAGCCCCAUCGGGGUCAGCUCCACCUCCUUCCCCACCCCUUACACGAGCUCAAGCAGCUGCUAA